UACUGGGUCAGAAUAUCUCAGAUUAACAGAGAUUAAUCAGUUUUGCUGCUCUGCUUCCUGACUUAGUUCUGUCCCGGUUCUUAAAUGCUUGGAGUCGGUUUUCUCUGCAGGACUUAAUCCAGAAAGUUUAUGUUCUCCUGCAGCAUAUCAGCCUGUAGAUUCUCAGAAAAAGGAAGUGUCAACCCGCUGAUCUCGUUGAUUGGUGUGUCACAGCUGAAGCUCCACCUGCUGACAAACCACAGAGUCGAACUUCCUGUUAAACCGUCUGCAGCUUCCACUCUGACACUUCUCUGCUUUAUUUCCCCUCUAUGUGCAUCUAAUGCUCCCAGUUACACAUUUCAAGGCUGGUUUCUGAAACAUGAGCAGGCAAAAGACAUUUCAGUCUCAGUUCAGUUGCUGCUCUUCCUCCUCUGUUCUCAACGCAACCACCAGGGGGCACUUCGUUAGCUUCAGUUUCAGCUGCUGCAGCUGCUGAACAGUCCAAGUUCUGAUGAGAACAGUCAGAUCUGGGGAGUCCGCUGGAGAUGAAGUGAUAAGAUAGAAACAGCAGGAGAAAGAAGAAGAAGAAGUAGGAGGUCCAACCAGAGGAGCGGCGACUUCUGCAUCAGCCGUUGCAACAGAGACAGACAGCAGGAAGCACACAUGACACCGUGAACGUCACUCUGCUUCAGCAGCGAGACCCAUUGGACCGGAGCCACCAGAGACCGGUCAGAACCGAAACACGGGUCCAACAGAACCAGAGCAGAACCAGAAGAGCUGCAGGAGGAGGAAAGCAGAAGUUUAAAGAGGUAAAAGGAGAAGACAGUGGAGACAGACGAAAUCCGGACCUCUGACCAGAACCAGGGAGGCGGCGCAGAAACCCUGAGGACGGUGGAGCAGCGGGUGGAGCGCGAUGGAGGAGGACAUCAGGAAGCAGGGGAUGCUCUUCCUCCAGCAGCAGCGAUUCGGGAAGAAGUGGAAGCGGGUGUGGUGCGUCCUGUACCGGGAGAGCUCCUGCUCCAUCUCCAGGAUGGAGUUCUUUGAGUGUAAAGACGGAGGCAACGUGGAGAAGAACGACAAGACUCUGCGCAAGCAGCAGGAGAGCAAGAAGGUGAUCCGGCUGGCGGACUGCAUACGGGUCUCGGAGGUGGAGGUGGACGGCGGGCCGCGCGACACCGGGGCCUUCCUGGUGGAAACCACGGAGAAGAUCUUCGUGUUCGCCGCGGAUCGGAACCAGCUGGACGACUGGACCCAUCGGCUGUGUGAGGUCGCCUUCCCUAUGAGCUGGACGGAGGGCGGAGCCAAGAGAGGCAGCCUGCAGAGAGGAAACCGGGUGGAGGAAGAGGAGGGCAUGGAGGACAACUCCCUGUACAGCGGCCGAGAGAAAGUGCGGGACUUCAAAGUAUCUGUCCGGAGGACGGAUGCGUCGGAUCGGUGCCGGCUGAAGGGGGACGGUGUCCUGAGAGCAGACAUGGACGCACUGCACCUGAUGGACAAGACGGGGGACAUCCUGUACACCUGGCCGUACAGGUACCUGCGGCGCUUCGGACGGGACAAGUCCACCUUCUCCUUCGAGGCGGGUCGCAGGUGUGACUCCGGCGAGGGAAGCUUCGAGUUCGACACCAAGCAGGGAAACCUGCUGUUCCAGGCCGUCGAGGCCGCCAUCAACCUGCAGAAGAUCUCCCUCCCCCACAGACAGACCUCCGGAGGGGGCCCGAUGCCUCCAGAACCCGGCCCCAACCACCACAACCUCACCCUGCCAGCCCCGCCCGCUAACCCCGCGCUGGGCCACAGCCGGACGCCGCCGCCACAGAAGCAGCCCCGCGUCCAGGUCCAACAGGGUGAUGAAGGUGUGUACAGCAUGGUGACGGAGCCUCAACACCUGCAGAAGAUCCAUAACAAAGAUGCUGAGAGCUCCAACUCUUCACAGCAGCAGCAGCGCCCUCAGCUGGCCUGUCUGGAGCCUCCGGUGGAUAAAAUGCUGACCGGCGUGAAGAGUUUGACCCUGGACACCCGCGGCCUCCCCGUCCCCAGGAAGAGCCAGGUGAAGAUGAUCUCCAGCUGCCCGUUGCCCAACGCCAGCCCCGAAUCGGGCGGCAGCCAGCUGUCUGGCCCCGCCUCCAGCGCCCGACUCAGUCCCAAACUCGGCUCCAACCCCAACCUGGAGCAGACCUACUCCCAGAUCAGCAUGGCGGAUGUCGCUGGGCGCGCCACCAAGAAGAACAAGAAGGGCAGUGGCGCUGUGGUGACGGGCAGGGAUCCGGACUACUCGCUGCCCUUCGACACCCUCUCCUCCAACAUCAUGUCAAACAUCCUGGCGGCGGAUCAGGGCGGUCCGGGUGCAGACCCGCUCUACGACAGCAUCGACGAGCUGAAGGUCCGGAACAUCUUCCGGAGUGAAGCCAGGACCACAGACGGCACGUACGGGAAGGUGGACCACAUCUACGACGAGCCCGAAGGUUGCGCGGCGCCCACAGGGCCGCCGGCAGCGCCUCACCCCUCGGUCUACGACGACCCAGAGGAGAUGAGAGGAGACGCCUGGAGGAUCAUGGGUACCUCUGUUGACCCCAAAGGCCACGAGUAUCCCUACAACCCCCGCGUGGACGACUACGCCGUGCCCAGGAGGCCCAAGAGGGCAUUUGCUUCCCAGAAGAGCAUCGCUAGUGAAGAAGAGGAGGAGCAGAAACAGGAGGAGGAGCUGCAGGAGGAGGAGGUGGAGGGCAACAAAGAGCAGGAGCUGGAGGAGAAACGGUUUUCACCGUACGACAACCUGGUCGUUAAAAUGGCCUAAAGGAGACAGAGCAGCUGUUUCAUCCACCUAUCGUCUGGCUGGAUGGAGGAACUCAAGUAACUUAGCACGCUUUAUUAAGCAGCUUCUAAGUUGAAGGACCCAUAGCUACCUGUAGCUCCAUGGACCCGUAGCUACAAAAAUCUGUAGCUGCCUGUAGCGCAGCAGACUGCAAACCAUCUGAAAAACUGUAGCUUGAGGUAAAGAUGAAGCUGCUGUUGUUGUGUGACUGCUAACCUCUGCAGCUAACCAGCUAUGCUAAAGUAAAUAUUUCCUGUGUUUGUCUAAUUUUGAUCCGUUUCAUUGAUGUCUUCAUGCUGUAGUUGGUGUUUUGAUGUCAUUAAACAGAACCGAUGAAGCUUCAAGUCA